AUGUUUAUUAUCAUCAUUGCUGCUAUAAUCGUAUUUUGUGAUUGUAGCGGUUACGGAAAUACCGGCAGUGGUGGCUAUGGCUUUGGUGGUGGCUUUGGUUAUGGUGGGGGAGGAGGAGGAGGCGGCGGCGGUGGUGGUGGGGGUGGAGGUGGCGGAGGUGGUGGUGGCGGCGGAGGUGGCUAUGGAGGAUAUAAUGGGGGACAUGGUGGCGGUUAUCAACAACAUCAUGGUGGUGGUUAUCAACAAAAUCAUGGUGGUUAUCAAAAACAUGGAGGUGGAACCGUAAUCAAAAAAGUAGUGAUUAUUAAAAAAAUUAAUAUUGGUGGUUAUGGAAAACAAAGUCAUGGAUAUGGACACGGACAUGGAUAUGGUUAUGGAUAUGGUGGGGGCAAUUAUGGUGGUGUUUGGGUGGGUGGUGGCAAGAAAAAAUGGAAAAAAUAUUGGGGAUAA